GAGAGGAUAACACCCACAUGGCCACGAGCCUGCCCUGCACCCAGUCGACAAACACCCACCCACAUUUCCGCUAGCGGCCCCACUAUGGCCACCGCUCCAUCCAAACGCCAGGUCCACGCGACGGAUCACCAUAUCCACAACUCCAUGGACAACCGCCUACACCUCCCGAACCGUACCCCGCCACGAUUCCCCGUUUCUGCCCAGUCUCUUCCCGCCACUCGCCGCAACCGCAACCCCCAUGCGCGUCCACGCCGCCCACCUCCUCGUACCCGCGCCUCCCACGCCCCGCCGCCAUGCCACCCUCCGGUUCGCCGUCUCCGCCGCGGCGACAUCGGUGAACGUGAACCAGGCCGACGCUGCUGGCAAGCAGGCCGUCAUCGUCGGCGGCGGGCUCGCGGGCCUCGCGGCGGCCACGCACCUGGCCUCCCUCUCCGUGCCGUUCACGCUCCUGGAGGCCUCGGACCGCGUCGGCGGCCGCGUCGCCACCGACGAGGUCGACGGGUACCUGCUCGACCGGGGCUUCCAGAUCUUCCUCACCGCGUACCCCGAGUGCCAGCGCCUCCUCGACUUCCAGGCGCUGCGCCUCCAGCCGUUCUUCCCCGGCGCGCUCGUCUACAUCGGCGCCGGCGAGGGCGGGUCGCCGUUCCACAUGCUCUCCGACCCGUUCCGCUUCCCCAUCCGCUCCCUCUCUUCGGUCUUCUCCCCCGUCGGCACCCUCCCCGACAAGCUCCUCGUCGGCAUCACCCGGCUCCGCGCGGCCGCCACCCCGGACGACGUCAUCCUCUCCUCGCCGGAGACGACCACCGCGAGGCACCUGGAGAAGCUCGGGUUCUCGCCGUCCAUCGUGGAGCGGUUCCUGCGGCCGUUCCUCGCGGGGAUAUUCUUCGACCCGGCGCUCGACACGUCGUCCCGCCUCUUCGAGCUCGUGUUCAAGCGCCUCGCCCUUGGUGACAACGCCCUGCCGGAGGCCGGGAUCGGCGCCAUCGCAGCGCAGCUCGCGGACCGCCUCCCCGCGGGCUCCGUUCGCCUCAACGCCCGCGUCGCCGCCAUCGACCCGUCGUCCGGCGUGACGCUCGACACCGGCGAGACCGUGUCCGGCAAGCUCGGCGUCAUCGUCGCAGUCGAGCAGCCGGAAGCAGAGAAGCUCCUGCCGCAGCUACCUGCGAGACCCAAGAACAAGAAGGCGGCCGAGAGGAGCACCGUGUGCCUCUACUUCUCCGCGGACCGCGCCGCGGUGCAAGAACCCGUGCUGCUCCUCAACGGGUCGGGCAAGGGGAUCGUGAACAACAUGUUCUUCGCGACCAACGUGGCGCCGUCGUACGCACCGGCGGGGAAGGUGCUGGUGUCCGUGUCGCUCGUGGGCUCCUUCGCCGACCGGGAGGACGCGGAGCUGGCCGGCGAGGCUGUCCGGGAGCUCGGCGGGUGGUUCGGGGCGGGGGAGGUGGCGUCGUGGGCGCACCUGAGGACGUACCGCAUCGGCUUCGCGCAGCCGGACCAGACGCCGCCCACGGAGCCAGCGGGGCGGGACCCCAGGGCCGGCGACGGCGUGUACGUGUGCGGCGACCACUGGUGCUCCGCCACGUUCGACGGCGCGAUGGUGUCUGGGAGGAGGGCGGCCGAGGCCCUGGCCAAGGAUGGGGGGCUGUCCCAAUCCUUGAGCUGAGGAAAAGGGCUUCUGUGCGCGAGGAUUCCGUUGUUCUUACUGUUCGAGUGGCAAGGCAAAAUGCACGUCCGAGCACAUCUCUGGUUUGUGUAAAUUUUAGUUCGAACGGAAAUAUUUUUUGUCACAAAACGCGUCUCAAUAUGGUUGGGUUGGGUACUUAUUUCUAUGACAAAAAAAAUGAGCUUUUCACCCUAGA